AUGGCUUUAAGUCCUGUUCCUUCUCCGGGGUUGAAGCCUUCAAAAUGGAGUCCAAUAGUGAUUGCAAUGGUUGGCACCAUGGGAACCCUAUUUCUAAUCUUUAGCUACUUUAACGUAUUGCGACGUUGUUCAUUUCGUUCCCUUUUAUCCUCAAGAAACGACCAAAGAAGGCGUCUAAGUGAUGCAAACCGAGAGGGAAAUGAUUCCUCUCUACACUUCCAAAGCCGGGGGAUUGAUUCAUUCACGGUGCAAAUGAUUCCAGUUACACCCUUCAAGAAAACGAGUGAAGCGGGUAAAGUGAAUAAUAAUCAAGGUGAUGAUCAUCAAAGUAGUGAAUGUGCAAUAUGUUUGGGUGAAUAUGAGGAUGAUGAGUGGGUGAAAACCAUACCAAGUUGCAAUCAUAUAUUUCAUGUAUCAUGCAUUGAUACUUGGUUUCAAACUCAUUCGAAUUGCCCUCUUUGUAGAUCAGAUGUUUUUGAUCAUCUUGAUGUUUCGGUCUCUACAUGUGACAGUCUUGGAAGAAAUCUCAUCAGAGAAGAUGUUGAUGAAGAUCGAUCCGCUUUUUAUCAGUCUCUUCGGUCACAUAUCCUUCAAAAUUCUAACUUGUCUAGGCUAGCUUGA